AUGAAAAAACACUCUUCCUUGGUCGUCUCACGAAUUUCUGAAGUGAAAGAACACACAAAAGAACAGAAACUUCACAAAAAUCUGACCUCAUUUUUCAUCACGCCACCCGAAAAAUCGGACGCGGCAGUACAAACUGACGAGGUAGAAAGUAUCAAAACCGAAAAAUUCAAGACAAUAUCAAAAAGUAUAAAUUGCAUCGAUACGCGGAAUAAUUUUUCCGAACAUAAUCUCAAUUCCGUGACCAUAAAAAUCGAACCUCCCUCCAAUGAUUUUAAUCUGGAGGCCGAGAAUUUCAUUUUUCGAAAUGAACCCUUCAACGAUUUAAUUCCCAAAAUUCAAUCUGUCCCCAAAAAUUUAAAUCCGGAGUCUCGUCCCGUUUCCAAUAGUUUGAAUAUUGGAAUUAUUCGCACUCCCGAAAAUUCGACACCAAGUUUAAUUCCCGACUCGGGCUUCCAAUCUCAGAGUUUGACGGAUGAGAAUCCGAUUUUUGAAAUAAGAAGCGAUAAUCGUCAGCAGAGCUUUCUCGAUGAAUCGGGAAAAUCGAAAUUGGAUGAUUCGCAGGAUUCGCUCUUUCAAACGAUGGAGGACAUGUUUUGCGAGAGCGACGACAGUAGCGACAUUAUGACUCUGAUCGAGAAACAUUCGAGUCUGAAAGCGACUGUCAAGUCUCCCGAAAUUGUCAGGAAUUUGGAGAAUAAAUUCGAGCCGAGGGGAGGACAGAAGAGAAAAAAUAUUUCGAAUUUGACGAGUUCCGCCGCGAGUUGUGUGAAAUCGAAGAAGCGAGAGGAAGAAGAUUUGGUGGCGAGUUCGCCGGUCGGUUUUAAUGAGUUGAAGGGGGCACGGUACAAGAAGAAGGUGGACGAAAUUUGGCUUGUCGAGCGGGUCAAUCAAACGAGCAAAUUGAGGAAGACGAUGAUGGAAAUUUCGUUGAUGGAUUAUCGGAAGUAUGGGAGGAUUAAGGCCAAGUUUUUCGAAUUGUUUGGAGAGUCGGAUGCCGAGGAGACGAUGCCGGAUUAUUCUCCGAUUUGUGUCGAGGAUCAUCUUCAGGCUUGCAAGGAGAGAAUUGCGCCCUGGAUUGUCAAGCAUCUCACGCCUUUCUACAAGCACAAGAGAAUUUCGAGCAGAGAACUGUUUAAAACUAUUUGCCGACACGCUACGGAUAUGCUCAUCAUCAGCGAUACAUUUCCUGAAGAGUCCUCCGUUGAGAAUUACAUGCGAGAUUUUUUCAAGAAUAAAAAGAGUAUUAAGACUGAGGCUGAUAUAUAUCUAUAGAUUAUUUCAUAUUAACGAAGUCAGUGAAGAUAAAAACAGCAAAUAUUAGAUUGUACUAUAUGGAAUUUAAGUUCUAGAAUUAAGAAAUUGAAGAAGAGAAAUCCUUUUCUUUAAGGCCUUGACUACGUGUGCCGAAAUUUUGUCGGCACAAAUAGGGCAGGCUGGAAAAUGGGCUAUUUGUACCCAAAUUUCGGUACACGUAGACACUUUCUUUUUUAAUCGUUAAGUUUAUUUAUUCUUUGGAUAUUAACUACAAUAAACAAUUUUUGUAGAA